UUAAGAUCCACACUCUAAUUCCAGUGAAAAAAAUAACCACCGUCGGUUGACUCGGCCCUCCACCUCACCCCCACCACCAACAUCCGCCUCCAUUUUUCUUAACCCCCCCGCUUUCCUCCUCCAUUCCUUCGUGCCGGCCAUCUUCUCCGCCACCCCCACCAAAUGCCCUCCCCUUCCCACCUUCCGUAAUCGUGAUGAGAACCCGCAACCGAAGACCAAAACCGACCGACUCCCCCGAAAGAUCGCGCCUUUCCGCAUGAUGUCGCCGCGGCAGUGGUGGCGCCGCGCGGCCUCAGCCGCCAAGGACAAGCGCAGCCUCUACCUCUCCCGCAUCGCCGGUGGCUACCGCCACCGCGCCAUCGCCGGCUCUGGUGGCCUCCGGAGCGCCACCCUCGAGGCGGCGGUAAUCCACUCGACGAGCCACGACGAGCGGUCCAUCGACUAUAAGCACGCCGGUCUCGUCCUCGCCUGGGCCCGCACCUCGCCGUCCCUCCUCGUCCCCCUGAUGUGGGCCCUCGCUCGCCGCGCAGGCCGUACCCGCUCCUGGGCCGUCGCCCUCAAGGCUCUCAUACUCGCCCACGGCCUCCUCCUCUGCUCCGACGAAUCCCCCCCUGCCUUCCGCCUCGGUCGCCUCCCUUUCGAGCUCUCCGACUUCCGGGACCGCUCCUCCCUCCCUUCCCAGGCCUCCGGCUUCUCCGCCUUCGUCCGUGCCUACUUCCACUUCCUCGACCUCCGCUCCCGCCUCCCAUCAUAUGAAACAGGGGACCACGACGAGAACUCCCAAGACUCCGACCGAGACCUCCAGCAGCUCGAGAGGCUCCAAGCCCUCCUCCACCUCUUGAUGCAAAUCCGCCCCUACGCCGGUGGCAUGGACGUGGGCCUCAUCCUCGAAGCCAUGGACUGCGUCGUGAUCGAGAUCUUCGAAGUUUACAGCGGGAUCUGCAAUGGCAUUGCGUGCUUUCUUGUGGGGAUUCUCAGGCCGUCCGCAUCGAGGGAUGGCGGCGAGGAGCAGGAGGCGAUGCGGCGGCGGCGGCGGGGGGCGGUUGGGAUGAGGAUUUUGAGGAGGGCGGCGGAGCAAAGCUCUCAGCUUUCGGCCUACUUCGAGGCGUGCCGGACCCUGGGGGUCCUCAACGCCACCGAGUUCCCUCCCGUGGAGCGGAUCCCUGACGAGGACAUCCGGGACCUCGAGAGGCUCGUCAUGGGGGGCAUUUCAGGAGCCGACGAGGACGAGUCAGAGGAGCAGGAAGUGGCGGCUCCGGCGACGUCGCCCAGGCGGUCGGGGACGGUGGUGACGGAGGAGUGGGUGGUGUUCGACGACGGAGACGGGGCAGCAAAGGGGCACUAUGGGAAUGCGAAAGGGGAGGGGCAUUCUGGGAACGGGAGGUGGGAGAGGCAUUCCGGGAAGUGGAACCCCUUUCUUUGCUCGCCAGAGCGGCCGGCGCCGGCGACGGCGAACCACCUCGGCGGGCUUCAAACGUUCGGUAACGGUAAUUUGAUAGAGCUGUUGUGACCGACGUGUCCUUCAUUGUUUAAUGUAACUACCUAUGUGCCAUCCUUCGUUCUCCCUUGCUUGUCUUAACUUUUGGGUAUUAUUAUUGAAGAGGGACUGAAUGGGAUGUUCAUGUUGUAAUCCUCCUGCUGCUAAACCUCAUCUCAGGUAAUUGGUAUGAUUUUUAGAUUUGAAGCCUUUCAAAGAGCCUGGGAUUUUAAUUUCUUGAAAGUAUGAUGACAUUAAGGUGUGACAA